UCAAUGGGGCCCUGUAUGCAGGCCCGGUGGUUGUCCAGCUCCUCCCUACCCUUGGCCCCCAUUGGCAGUCGCAGUCUCAGCCUGCAGCGGACUGCGCCAAGUCCACACCCAGUCCUCUCUGGAGGAAGAAAAAGGAGCUUCUCUGUCUACCCUCCUAGUCCUCGGACACCGAAGCCUGAGCGGACUCCAGCAGCAAAAGGUGAUCAGGAGCCUCCGGGAUGUCUGAGCUGGAGAAGGCCAUGGUUGCCCUCAUUGAUGUCUUCCAUCAGUAUUCAGGGAGAGAGGGUGACAAGCACAAGCUGAAGAAGUCAGAAUUGAAGGAGCUCAUCAACAACGAGCUCUCUCACUUCCUGGAGGAAAUCAAAGAGCAGGAAGUGGUGGACAAAGUGAUGGAAACGCUGGACGAAGAUGGGGAUGGGGAGUGUGACUUCCAGGAGUUUAUGGCCUUCGUCUCCAUGGUGACCACAGCCUGUCAUGAGUUCUUUGAACAUGAGUGAGACAAAAAAGAAAAGUGGCUGAGCCGUUUCCCCGUGGCAGACAUGAGGGCCACGAGAGGAGGCACGGCAGAAGGCUCGUGGGCUGGAAGGAGCUGCGCUCUCUAGACGCAUGUAACUAAUUAGGAAGCUUGAUUUGCUUCGGGGAUGAAACUCUGACCCCGUUCCCAAGGGCUGCUUUAAGUUAGCACAUCGUUUCUGCUACACUAGGUAUUCCUGUGAGCUGAAUGGUCCCGGGAACUAUUGAUAAGAGUCACUGAGGGGACGAAAUCAACACUCUGUGGGUAUAGCACUGGCUGUAGACCACCAUGCUCCUGUGGAAGGGUCACCUGUAAAAAUCAAGGCAGACUACCAAUAGCACUUCCGUCGGACAGCUUUCUUAGGUGUAGUGUAUGCUGUCCAUGCAUCUACAGACCCAUAGCUGGAUCCACUGCCACCCGAAGAGGUUGACUUGCCCUUACAACUGCUUGUCCUCUGUGCAAACGAUGCCCCGGAAAGUUAGACCUAUCACCCACACCCUCCCCCCACCCCCGCCAGCCCAAAAGGACAGCACACUCAAGUUUCUUCUUCCACAGUGAGCCGUGGAUCGUUACUAAGUACGUAUUUGACACCAACAGUUCUAACUGGCGGAACGAUUAGAUCUCGCACACGAAGUAUUAGCAUCCUAGCUCAUGACCGAGAAUCAAAAUUCUGCUCAGCAGAUGUCUCCUUUCAGGAUGACACCAUUGUCCCCAUAGGACAGGGACAGAGGAGGGCACUGGAGAGAGUGUCAGGUCUUUUUCUAGCUAUAUCUUCCUCUCUCCCUCUGCUGCCCAUAAUGUGAGUGACCCUGGAGGGUGAGACUUGCAGGGUGAGCUGCUGAGGAAUGAAGGGCCACUGAGAUGUGUCCUUUAGCUGCUGGGCAUCAUGUCUGACCUGCUGGUGCCUAGGGCCUGCUUAACACUCGGCAAGGCUGCGAGCUGAGGACUGUGGGAAGCCGGACUUGAUGCUUUCUAACCUGCAUAUUUGAAUGCUGAAGGUUCAAACAAUCCAAGUUACAGAUAAAUAAAAACCGCAUUGCAAGUAUUAAAAAGCCAUUUUAGGAAAAUUCUAA